CAAGAUUUUUACACCCGGUCCCAGGUGGGCUCGAUCCCGUCACCUCAAGCUCGCUGGAUCACUAGCCUCCAAUUAAUCUGCGACAUUAUGCCGGUCUUUUACUCCAUGAUGAUCUGUCUUCUGCAUGUCUUAUGUUUAGAAGUGUGCAAAAUACAAAGUUUGAACUUGGCGGCGAAGAAACCAGCAUGGAUGAGCAGCGUCCAUGGGCCAGACGCAGUCGCUGCUAAUGGUGUGGCCGGCAGUCAUGGCACUGAUUAUUACGGUGGUGACUGCGUUCACACUGCAUAUGGUGACAUGUCGCCCUGGUUUGCUGUGGACCUGCUGGGACAGUACAACGUCCACAACGUCACCAUCUACAACAGAGGAGACUGUUGUGGGGACAGACUCCAUGACUUUGUAAUCGAGGUGUAUGUACGAAAUCCAUCCCGAUGUCCAUCAGCAGGUUUCUCCCUCUGUAAGAACUACACUGGCACGUUUGGAUCCAUUGAGAAUGUUGUGUGUGAUGCUCCGGUCUUCGGGAGGUUCGUCAGGCUAUGGAAACCCACAGUCAGAAAUGAACAUGAUAUCCUCAGCUUCUGUGAACUUGAAGUGUAUGGAGUGGAGACAGAUUGUCGGGGGUUAAGUUUCCAUAUUGCAUCAGCAACACGACUCGUCUCCUCUGCCAUCGUAUCAUCAACUGCCUCGUCCCGAGUGUCCUGUGUGCUGCAGUGCAUGUUGCCUGGAACCUGUGUUGGUGUCAACUACAACAGUGGAACACGUGAGUGUGAUCUCCUCCUCCGACCUGAGCCCAAUGACACAGUCUCCACCGAUCCGGGCUGGGUCUACUAUGGAGAUGACCUGUGUUGAACUGAUAUGGCCGCCAUGAUCUAGUCUGGGUCUACUAUGGAGGUGAUCUGUGUUGAACUGAUAUGGCCGCCAUGAUCUAGUUUGGGUCUACUAUGGAGAUGAUUUGUGUUGAACUGACUCUGUCGCCAUGAUCUAGUCUGGGUCUACUAUGGAGAUGAUCUGUGUUGAACAGAUAUGGCCGCCAUGAUCUAGUCUUGGUCUACUAUGGAGGUGAUCUGUGUUGAACUGAUAUGGCCGCCCUGAUCUAGUCUGGAUCUACUAUGGAGGUGAUCUGUGUUGAACUGAUAUGGCCGCCAUGAUCUAGUCUGGGUCUACUAUGGAGAUGAUCUGUGUUGAACUGAUAUGGACGCCAUGAUCUAGUCUGGGUCUACUAUGGAGAUGAUCUGUGUUGAACUGAUAUGGCCGCCCAGAUCUGGACUGGGUCUGCUGUGGAGAUGA